GCGACGCCAAGUUCAACCCGGCCUCAGUGGCCGCUGGUUAUAUCCUCAUCGGAACCUACACGAGUCUUUUCCUCAGUGGGAUCACGGUGAUGCAAACCAUCAUAUACUAUGCACAUUACAAGCAUGAUCCGACAUGGAUGAAAGUAGCGAUAUCCGUAAUCUCUGUUUUUAGCGCUCUCCAUACAGCGGUCAAUGCUCAAUGGGCUUACGACGCGUUGGUCAUACAUUGGGGACAAACGGAUCUGCUUCUACGAGCAAACUGGAACGUGGCAGCAGGAUCUUCACUCAAUGGGAUUGUAGCCAUGUUCUGCCAACUGUGGUUCGGCUACCGGAUACGUGUGUUAACAGACAACCGAUGGAUAGCGCUCGUCGUCGCCAUCCUUGCCGUGACGUCCUUUCUCGGCUCUGUUGGUACGAGUUUGGCGCCGAUAUGGAUACCCGAAAUUCUGGACUUCACGAAGUUCAAGUCGAUCGUUGUCGUGUGGCUCGCAUGCGCCGCCCUUUGCGAUGUGACAGUAACGGUCGUUUUAUCCAUAUGCCUGCGCAACCAUAAAACAGGCAUCCGUGCAUCAGACAAUCUCAUCAACAGAAUAACGCUCAUGACCAUACAAAACGGACUCUUGACGACCAUAUGGGCAAUAUUGAACUUACUGUUUUUUCUGAUUGUCAAAUCAGGAUUGCACCUUGCAAUAAACAUUCCGCUGGCGGAUCUAUACUUCCUCACGCUGCUCACUACGUUGAAUGCGCGUAAGCAUCUGCGUUCGAAGUACGGCGGGAACGACACCUCGGAUUUACCGACCAUGAGCGGCCACGACGGUCAACGCCGAGAUACUAACAUCCUGGCCUUCGCCAGUCAUGCAGAAUCAAUCGCUAUAGACAACGAUGAAGAUGCUGUAUCGCUCAAAAACAGACGCAACCUGACGGGGCUUGAACCCGAAUGGAGCGAAACUCAACAGAGUUUAUCAACCCUGGCAACGGACAAAAAUUCCCGGCGGGCAAGUAUGCCCGAUUUGUAACACUGAACCUCGGGUGUUCCUUGAACUCCUCAGACUUUACU